UACCAAAAGCCGCCCGUACACACAAAAAGUUUGUCCUUCAUGGAGGAGUACCGCUUCGCAGACCAGACUCUGCUUCUUUUUGUGCAACGUUUCUUCUAAGUUUCCUGCAGAAGAUUGAUAAAGAUUAAAUUGUAAAAGUGCUAGGAAGCUGCAAAAUGGAGCAAGUUUCAAGUACUUCAGAAAAGGCUGAUUCAAUUGAUGAUGAAAUUAAGCCAUUUGAAAACAGCGCCAACCCAAUGAUCAGACAGCUAAGCUUGACCGGGGAGUGUAAUGAUCCAAUCACUGUGACAUUUGAGGACAUCAGUGCUGCUGCAUACAGGAUUAAAUCUGGCAUUCGGAAGACUGCCUGUGAGAAAUCCAUCAGGCUAUCAGAAGCUCUUGGUAUGGAAGUCUUUCUUAAAAGGGAUUAUAUGCAAGUAACAGGAAGUUUCAAAGAACGAGGAGCAAGAAAUACAUUGACAAUGCUCUCAAAGAAACAAAAGUCACGUGGUGUGGUAGCUGCAUCUGCUGGUAACCAUGCCUUGGCUUUGGCAUACCACGGAAAAGAGCUGAAUGUGCCAGUUACAGUGGUGAUGCCUCUCAAUGCACCAAUCAUGAAAAUUAAUGCAUGUAAGAAGUAUGGGGCUAAUGUUCAUGUGAUUGGUUCAGAUAUCAUAGAGGCGAAAGAUGUUGCAAUGAAAAUGGCGAAAGCGAAUAGAUUAGCCUACAUAAAUGGCUAUGACCAUCCUCACAUCUUAGCUGGUCAAGGCACCAUGGGAUUGGAAAUUGCCGAGCAAGUUGAUAACAUUGAUGCCAUAGUUAUACCAGUGGGUGGCGCAGGGCUCUUAUCUGGGUGCUCUGUUGCUUUAAAGACUCUCUGUCCAAAUAUUAUGAUCAUUGCCGCAGAAAGUGAAGAAUGCGCCAGUUUUAAAGCCGCAAUGGAUGCUGGACAUCCUGUGCGCAUAGAAGCUAACCAAUCAUUGACGUUGGCUGAUGGUCUCUGUGUUGCUAAAGUUGGUCAAAAUGCUUUUGCUUCUUGUCGGGAUCUCGUAGACAAAGUUGUCUCCGUCAGUGAAAACUACAUCGCUAUUGCCGUGCUGCGUUUGGUUGAGGAAGAGAAGUGUGUUGUGGAAGGGGCCGGAGCAACUGGGAUAGCAGCUGUCUUGGCGGGGCUUCUGCCAGAAUUAGAAGGAAAAAGGGUGGUGUUCCCACUAUGCGGUGGUAAUAUCGACUCGACUGUGCUUGGCCGUGUAAUAGAACGGGGUCUGGCUGCAGAUGGGCGUCUAAUUAGAUUCAAAGUAACUGUCAUGGAUAGGCCUGGUGGCAUCGCAGAGUUGUCUAGGUUGCUCUGUUCAUUAGGUGUUAGUAUCAAAGAUAUUUUCCACGAGCGCGCAUGGAUUCAUACAAGCGUUUACACUGUUCAUAUCAAAUGUGUGGUGGAAGUUCGAGAUUUUGAGCACAGCAUCCAAUUAAAAGAAGCUCUCGUUAGCCAUUAUGGUACAGUUAUAUGGGGCACGGAGGCCGUCUAUGCUUAAACCGGUAGCUAUAAAUAUAUAGUCAAUUGAUAACAUUUACGAAAAACGUAGAAUUAUUUUGGGGUUUCCAGUGAAGAAUAAAGAGUGGAGCAUUUGACAUGGAACACUGCCUUGCAAGUUUCUGUAGAAGAAUCCACAGCGAGUAACAGGUUUUACGAGCGUGUCUGCCUUAUUCGAUUCUGUAAGUUUCCCAGUUAAUUGUAUAAACGCAUUCAAUCUUAUUUAAUUUUGUUGAAUAGAGAUAGAAAACCCAACUGUAGAGUUAUUAAAGUGUGCACAUGAAAUUUUUCUUAUGAUAUUUAAAGGUUGACCUACCUGGUUGUCUUGUUAA